UAGAAGCAUUGCCCUAGGUCUCGCUGGAAAACAAAGAUGAACCGCAAGUGACUUUGGUGCGAGCGUCAAUGCUUAACAUAGAAGAUAAAUAAACAUAUUACUGGUCCACGAUUUCGGUUCUCUCGACAUGGAAGAUAUCCGACCGACGGCGAAAUGGGCGAAUCGCAUGUUACGCCCGCUGACUUCGGUCUAUCGCAGACUGGAAAAGCAUCAGGAGACUCUAUCCUUGGUUGACAUGGAUUUGAGAGAGAGGGACAAGUCCGGGCUCAAACAAUGCGAUGGAGAGUAUCAAGUCAGGACGCCUAAAGUCGCCGGUGUUGAGGAUAGCGGCUCUUACUCGGAAUACGAUGGUAAUGAUCCUUCUUGGAUUCCUGGAAAGUCAGACAAGCGUCGGAUUAGACACAAGUACUCGAAGCGUUGUGAAGGAAAGCGUGGCAGAAGGCGCAAUCGAUUAUCUAUUCACAGCCCGGAGUUGCAGAGGACGCUGCCCGGUGCCAUUGAAAUUGCCACGCCUUUGAUUACCGGAAAGACACUGCGAAGGAGCCUCGGGUCUGAUUCAGGGGGGGGAGGGUCUUCUAGGGGUGAAUCGCCUUCUUUAGACAAUUAUGAGUCGGGCCUGGGGAGAAAGGCGACGCGAACGAAGGAAAGUACCUAUCCUACUUACAAAGGCUCUUGGAAAGAGGCCCUUGAUAUGUCGGGGGAUACUGGUUUUAUCGACAUUGCACGAUUUCUCGACCGCAUACUUAUUAAGUUCUUGGAUAACACUAAGUUUUCCGUUGAUGCGUCGGUCAAGGAUCGCGGGGCUCGUUCGCUGUUGUCCAUGGCUGCACGUCGGCUUCCGGAAUUUAUUGAGGAAGAGCAGAAAAUCCAAGAUGCGCAGGAUCAUGAGGAAGAAGAACUCGAAGUGGAUAUGUGCAAUGUAUAUUUCACCGAGUUGGAGGCUCACUAUGCGCCCAGCGGCAAUGGGUGGAAGCCACUUCGGGGCGCUGUGCGGGCACAGGGUAUCUACUUGGUCUCAGAGAUGAUACGGAAGAAAUGGGUCACGAAAAUGGUCGCCCGUCGGCUUCUCGAGGCAUGUAUGCAUCAUGAACACCUUGAUGCCUUUGAAACGCUGCUGUCAAGGUAUUUGCAAACAAUCCAUACCGACGAUCAUCCAACAACGUUUGAUUCAUCUUCGUGGUCAAAUGGCUACGAUAGCCCGGUUCGAUUAUUGAAGGUAUACCAUGCAUCGCCAUCCGGAUGUCGGUCUUUCGUUUUUGACGAGGUGGCAAAGCUCCUUGUUCGCGGAGCUAUCUCUCCUGAGUGGAUGGUGACCACUUCGUGGAAGCCUUGCGUGGAUGAAGCAAUCCAGUCAUUGGCGGCAGAAGACGAUUCCUCUGUUGCAGCAAUAUCCUUCAUUGAAGCUGUCAUACUUUCAGCAAGCGGCACCUACACGACGGACAUGUCCGCGUCCAGGGCAAACACUCGCGUGAUACCCCCACUUAGUCGAAGGGGGCGUCGUGCCCUUGCAAAGAGCGCCGGCCAUUCCCAGGGAUAUGAGCCAUCGUGUCCUGUUUCCAUACAAGAGGCUCUUAACAAUCUUGUCUUGAGUCUUAUCGCUGCUUUAUGCGGAAUGCAUAUUGCGCGUUUCUACGCACCAGCUAGUGAGAAAGGAAUUGCCAGUACAAGGAUGAGAGACCUAGUUUGUUGUCUAGCUUUAGCAGUACAGCGAGAUAUUGAAUUGAGGCCGGCAUCCAGUCAAGCUAAUGUUUCGGCAUCUCAAUUACUACGACGUGGCUACGUCCUGCUGGGCAGCUGUGUAUUGCAAUGCGUUGGGGAGUCCCUCGCUAGGAGUGUCAGUCAGUUUAAUUCGGUUUCUGUGCACAGCCUUGAGUCUUUCUGUGUUUUGCUAGCCAGUAAGCAGGACGUGGUCAAAGAACUGGCAGUUUUGGUCCGGCAAGUGAUCUGUUGCUAUGAGCGCGCGACCAAGUGUGAUCGGACCCAUGUUUCUGAAGAAAUUCGCAUGCAGAUUGCCGGACUUCUGAAAAUGGGUGAUACACAAGGCCUUUCAACUCUCCUUGGUAAGGUAGCAGUUGAAACUGCGAUGAGCCUAGCAGAAGCGACGUUGGACCCCGACGAUCAUCUUUGGGCAGCUGAUAUUCAAGAGAGAUUCCUAUCUUCUCAGCUUCACCAGGAACUAAAAAGGGACCAUCCAAGCGAUCAUCAGCAUAUCUAUAAGAGCGAAAAUAAGGGUCUAUAUCGAUGGGAGGAGGGUAUCGGCGAGUGGGUUGAGCGUACACCAGUGCCUAAAAUGAAAAAGACCGCAAUGCAGUCAGCUUCGGGGUCAAGGGCUGUCCGCCAGAGACAAGCAACUCCCUCAACGGGCAGCAGUGCGCCUACCGAUUCUCCGUCUGGGAGCUCUGCCUCGAGCUUCACAUCAUCUGCACCGUCAACCCCUUCACUCUCAAUCAAAAGGGGAGUCGAGGACGAGGAAGUUCGUCGACGGCCAAGCAAAAGGCUUCGGUCUGCCCAUAUCAGAACCCAUUCCACAAGGUCAACCGAUUGGCUUGACCUUAGCAAGUCCCAAGCAUCCAACGUUAUCCCCCGGACAGCGACCAGUUAUCGUGUGCGACCAAGCGCUUUCGGUGAUACCAUGCAUUGCGGUCGAGAUUCGAACCAGAAAGUGGGCGCUGAAGGGACAGAUACGAUGAAACCACAUACCAAAGUUGAAGUGGUUAUCAUCAACAAGACAGAUCCGGCCUUGUCGGAUGAGACAGACAGUGAUUCCGAAGAGCCUAUCGACGAGCUCUGCUUCAUCCAUGAUAAUGUCAAACCAGUGUCGUCAUCAUGCCAGAGGACAGGUUUACGGACAAGGAGACAUGCUACCAUGUCCGUUCCACCAAUGACGCGGAUAAAAUCCGUUAUCCCCUGCUCGAGCGAUGGUGAGAGUGAGGACGAACUCAGUUUCUUGGUAUAG